GUUGACAUUUGCAGACUUCCAAUGGAUGCCCUUUCCCCGGUCCGGUCGAUUGCCGAAACCGCAUUGAAAUGUGCUCAUGGCACAAUUGCGGGAUUACUUGCACACUGUAGUACCAACUCUGUUGAUGGACGCCGGAGUAGAGCUUGUCGACCUUAACGCCUACAUUGCAAAGAUCGACCGCGAUUUCAAGACGCAACGGUACGACGACAUCGACACACCAUUGUUAUAUGUACGCAUUCAGAUCGGAGAGGCGACCUGCAGCGCUUUGAUCGAUUGCGGAGCAUCUCGCAACUACAUGAGCCAGGACUUUAUGGUACGCGCCGGCCUUGGCCCACGCGUCCGGAGGAAGUCCCAGCCGACGCAAGCCACGUUGGCAGACGGUCACACGCACAAGUCAAUCGACCGGUGCAUUGAUAACGUCCCAGUGUACUUUGCCCCGCAUGCAAGCGAGGAGGUGUCCUUCGAUAUCUUGGACACCAAAUUCGACAGGAUCUUGGGCAUGUCAUGGCUGCGAAGCGAGGAUCACCCGAUGAACUUCUACCGCCGCACCGUUCACGUUCGUGAUCGGAACGGAGUACUAGUCCCAUGCACGGUAGCUCCUCCUCACCCUUCAAUCAGUUUUCACGUGGUGUCCGCCGCAAGCAUGCGAGCUUCCAUCAUCAGAGACGACAUUGAGGAGAUGGGGGUGUGUUUUCUCCACGCCCUCCCGCCCCAUGACGCUUCAUCGACGGACUCAUUUUUGGACCCACGCAUCACCGAGCUUCUCGACGCCUACAGCGACGUGUUCGAAGGCCCGCACGGAGUAGUACCAGAUCGGCCCAUCCGCCACGAGAUCAUCCUCGAGGACGGGGCCGUACCUCCGCGCGGUUGCAUCUACCGAAUGAGCGAGGAAGAGUUAAGUGUGUUUCUGGCACAACUCGACGUCCUUCUGGAGAACGGCUGGAUUCGGCCUAACUCAUCGCCAUACGGUGCUCCUGUUCUCUUCGUCCGGAAGAAGAACAAGGAUUUGCGGUUGUGCAUCGAUUAUCGCAAGCUCAACGCGCAAACGAUCAGAAACGUCGGCCCUCUCCCACGCAUCGACGACCUUCUCGAACGACUGGGCGGCGCCAAGUUCUUCUCCAAGCUGGACCUCAAGUCGGGAUAUCACCAACUCGAGAUUCGGAAGGAGGACCGCUAAAAGACCACGUUUAAAACGCGAUAUGGACAUUUCGAAUGGCUGGUUAUGCCAUUUGGCCUUACGAAUGC